AUGGCCGACUCUCCUUCGACAGCUUUUCACAAUCGUUAUCAGGGAUUGGCCGAUAACAUUUCGCUUUUUACCCGACCAACAGCGAUGACUCGAUGUCAACACACAGAUUGGGAACUCUGUGAAAGUCUGCGAUUACAAGAAUUGAAAGAAGCACGAGACCGAGCAGCUCAAAUGGAGACAACGAUGCGGUGGUGGAGUGAAUGCACGGCUUCUUGGCGAGAAAAAUGGGCAACUGUGCGUGAUGAGCGAAAUCGUGCUCGAGAAGAGGGACAAGCAUUGAGAGAAGCACUGGAAUCGGCUAAUGAAAGAAACGAGCAAAUCUCGGGUGAAAACCGCACAAUUGAGACCGAAGUGCAACGAUUAAGGGGAGCGCUACACAAAAAGCACACACAAAACGCGGCCGCUAAUUUGCCAGAAAUUGUGGUGGAACCCCUUGAAUCGAUCGACGCUCAAGUUGAAGCCGUCCCAUCCAGACAACACAAAAUUGUUCAAACUAAUGAAACGUGGUGUGCCGAUCCUUUAACUCAUCAGCACCAGCGCAAUAUUGCUCAUUUCUUGGAAAGAGAAAAAUGUCUAUCUUUGGAGAACAAAGUGGCCACAUUGGAGAGUGAACUAUCGGAUGCUCGUUUGAAAUGUUCCGAAGCUGAACAAGGAGCCAAUUUAGCUCAUGAAGAAGUAGACGAAUUGAAACGGUGUAACGAAGAGAACCUUCGAAAUGCGAAGAAUCGGCAGUCUUUAGAAAUGGAAAGGCUGAAUCUCGAGCUCGGUGAGAUGAAAGACGAGAAUGAGUCGUUGAGAGAUGAAAAUGUGAAUUUACACAAAGAAAUCGAAAGCCUCCGUCGAAUGCUUCAGAUCAGUCUUUUGGGCACCGUAUCACCAGAAGAACAACGGUUG